GCGGCCAAGAAAAUGAUGCCGGCGCCAUCGCUGUGCCUGCUCGCGGCGGUGCUGCUGCUGCUUUCGCCGGCCGGGGCGCAGGAGACGUGCUCGGGGGCCGCGCCGGCCCCGCCGCGGCGCGGGGCGUGGAUGUCCGUGGCGAGCUUCGGCGCCAUCGGGGACGGGCGGACGCUCAACACGGCGGCGUUCGCGCGCGCCGUGGCGCGCAUCGAGCGCCGCCGCGGCGCGCGCGGAGGCACGCUGCUGUACGUGCCGCCCGGGGUGUGGCUGACGGGGCCUUUCAACCUCACCUCGCACAUGACGCUCUUCCUCGCCCGCGGCGCCGUCAUCCGCGCCACCCAGGACACGUCGAGCUGGCCUCUGGUCGACCCGUUGCCGUCGUACGGAAGAGGGCGCGAGCUGCCUGGUGGGAGAUACACGAGCUUGAUCCAUGGCAAUGGUCUCCAAGACGUCUUCAUCACAGGUGAGAAUGGCACCAUUGAUGGGCAAGGUAGCGUGUGGUGGGACAUGUGGAAGAAGCGCACGCUGCCCUUCACAAGGCCGCACCUGCUGGAGCUCAUGUACUCCACCGACGUGAUCGUCUCCAAUGUCGUCUUCCAGGACUCGCCGUUCUGGAACAUUCACCCAGUUUACUGCAGCAAUGUAGUAAUAGCAAACGUGACUGUGUUGGCACCACAUGACUCCCCAAACACUGAUGGAAUCGAUCUAGAUUCAAGCAACAAUGUCUGCAUCGAAGACUCCUAUAUUUCUGCAGGAGAUGACUUGAUUUCCAUCAAGAGUGGCUGGGAUGAGUAUGGCAUUGCUUUUGCUCGUCCAAGCUCUGACAUCACCAUCCGGAGGAUAACAGGAUCCGGCCCCUUUGCUGGCUUUGCAGUUGGAAGCGAAACCUCUGGUGGCGUGGAGAACGUCUUUGUGGAGCACCUGAAUUUCUUUAGCAUGGGUGUUGGGAUCCAUAUCAAGACCAACUCAGGAAGGGGAGGAUUCAUCCGGAACAUUACUGUCUCUGAAGUGACCUUGAAUGGAGCUCGAUAUGGUUUGAGGAUUGCCGGUGAUGUUGGGGGCCACCCUGAUACAUCCUACAACCCGAAUGUGCUUCCUGUUGUCGACAGUGUGACGAUUAAGAAUGUUUGGGGUCAGAACAUACGGCAAGCUGGGCUGAUAAGGGGCAUUAGGAGCUCAGUUUUCAGUCGCAUAUGCCUCUCAAAUGUAAAGCUCUAUGGUAGUGCAUCUAUCGGGCCAUGGAAAUGCCGAGAUGUCAGUGGCGGUGCACUUGAUGUGCAACCAUCGCCAUGUACAGAGCUGGCUAGUACAUCUGAGACAGGUUUCUGUACAACUUAGAUCUGAUUUUCCCAAGUGAAUUUUGUUGCUCUCAGU